AUGGAGGGGUCUCGCGAGCCGCUGCUGGACGCCAAGGACAAGGUCACCAACCAGCUUGUAGAUUUUCAGUGGAAACUGGGCAUGGCUGUGAGCUCAGACAGUUGCAGAUCACUUAAGUAUCCUUAUGUUGCAGUGAUGCUAAAAGUGGCAGAUCAUUCAGGCCAAGUAAAGACCAGGUCUUUUGAAAUGACAAUUCCACAGUUCCAGAAUUUCUACAGACAGUUCAAGGAAAUUGCUGCAAUUAUUGAGACUGUGUGA